ACAGCGCGGCAGCGAGAGAGAGAGAGGGAGAGCGAGCGCUUCCUCCUCGAGACCGAUUAACAGCUGGUCGUUCAAGGGACGCGACGCGCGCGAUCCAGUCGAUUUCUUCGGGUCGAGCCGCCUCGGCCUCCGCCGAGGCGCAAUAAAUAUCGACCACGGCACGCAGGCCGGAAGCUUAGCGAUGCGAAAAGUGGACCAUUCGAUAUCGGGCCACGUCAUAUCACCCUGCGCCCGGCGUCGUCGAAAAGCCGCGAGAUGCAUCGCGAUCGCGACAUGUGCACAUUCUCAGGGGGUGGCUCGCUCGCGCGCUCCCCGUGCAUCAAACGGGGCUCUCUCGCCAAGUUCGCGCUCUACGCGGUAGCGCGCUGACGGAUUCGCGCUGUAAUAUAGAUUGUUUCCGCGGAACCGGACGGAGAAAACACGAUUUUUUUUGUCAGUGCGGUGCUGCGGUGGCGAACGCCGAUUACUCUCCUCCCCCCGAAAAGUUCCCUUCGACGAAAGGAAAAAUAUGCCGUGGAGCGCUCGCGGAGCAGCCGAGCGGGAGGAAUGCCCGUAAAAAAGGGUGCGUUUACGUAUGGGCGUGCGGGGGUGACUGGAGUGAUGGGAUGGGGCCAGAGCCCCAUGGAGUUCGGGUAGACCCGUCUCCGGCCCAGCUCCCCAGCCCCCUCCGCCAUCGAUAUCGCCACUGCUCCUGCCAGCGACGCAGAGGGCCGCCUCGAUCGCGAUGGAGGCCUCCUCUAGCAAUCAACAACAGAAAGAAAAGGAGCCUCGCGUUCACAGGCCUUGCGCCUUCGACAAGAUGGAGGGGCUGGUGCGGGAGAUGCAAGACCCUGAGAGCGGGGUACCCGUGCGAAGUCAGAAACAGUUCCUCACCUCGAUCCCCUCAGCGUUCAUGGGUGAGUGCCAUCGGUACCUGCGUUGUGGAGUAAGCGUAAGCGGCCAUCACGGCCAGGACACUACAGUAGGCUGCCUGCGUGUUGCAGGUUACGACCUCAUCGAGUGGCUGAUGGAGCGGCUUGCCAUCGAAGAAUCAGUAGAGGCGGUCCACAUUGCUAAUCAACUAUGCCAGUAUGGCUACUUCUUCCCGGUGAACGACUCCAAGACGCUUACUGUAAAGGAUGAUAGCUCUCUGUAUAGGUUUCAGACACCUUAUUAUUGGCCGUGGCAACAUAGAACCCCCGACAACGUGGAGUACGCGAUCUAUCUGGCUAAGCGAACCCUGAGGAACAAACAACGUCACGCUCUCGAGGACUAUGAGAUCGAUGCUUUGAACAGCCUGCGCAAGAAUCUGCAGAACAAGUGGGACAUCAUACAACUCCAAGCCGAGGAACAGGCUCAGGUACGGCUGUCGAAGGAGCGGAAAAAGGGAGAUAAGAUAGUGAGCGAUUCGCAGGAACGAGCGUUUUGGAGAGUAUAUCGGCCACCACCCGGAUGUCUCAGCAGCCUGGAAGUUGUGCCCGUACCUACUCGUUUUCGUCCUGGACUUCCACGACCUCCGUCACGCAAACGCACUCUAACCGAUCUGCAACGUGAGGUGGCCCUUCUACGGAACAGUUUGACACGCACGAGGAUCAAGGUCUCGACUGCGAUUGAAAAUUUUAAAUCAUACUUCGAAACGUACGUGGAAUACGACCCGAUGUUUGUACAGCCGCAACCUUCCAAUCCAUGGAUCACCGAUGAUCACAUGUUCUGGCAACUGAAUAGCCCCUUAGUGGAAGUUCCUACGGAGAAGCGUGUUAAGCGAUGGGCGCUGUCGAUGGAAGAGCUGAUGUCUGAUCCUACAGGUUUACAAGAGUUCACGAAUUACUUGAGAAAGGAGUACAGCCACGAGAACAUAAGAUUUUGGCUGGCGGUUAAAGAUCUCAGGCACAGUUUUCAAGCACAAAUACCCGAUAAAGUCAACGAAAUUUUUAGAGAAUUCCUGGCGCCCGGAGCUCCCUGCGAAAUCAACAUAGACGGGAAAACGAUGGAGAAGGUUCAUCAGGAGAUGAAAAAUCCGAGCAGAUUUACGUUCGAUUCCGCCGCGGAGCAUGUAUAUACCCUACUCCUGAAGAAGGACUGCUAUCCUAGAUUUAUUCGCUCCGAUCAGUAUCGUAAUCUCUUAGCUGCCGGCGUGCAACCUUUGCAAAAGAAGAGAUUUUUCGGCUUCGGCGGCCAAGCGAAGAAGAAAAUUUCCUCUACUUCGACUCCAACGUCUAGCAUUUUGCAGCACGCUAACAUAGGUAGUGGCGGUGGCGGCGGCAGCGGCGGUGGCGGCAGGCGAAGAGGAAGCGACCGCAGCCUGACCGGAAGCGCCCACGAGCUCGCUGUGUGCGGGGUGCGCGACAUCACUUCCGCACCGCGAGUACCGCACUCCCACAGCCAAUCGAACCUCACCGACAUCCCAUACAGGGGAGAUCUACCACGACUCGUAAAGAUACCUUCGAGGCCUAGUCCACAUAGUAUUCAGGAUGCUGGCGCGACGGAAGUGGCGGUUCGCCCUAUGGACGACGUAUGCCCAUGGGACACCGCGCCGGGCCCGAGCACAGAACACGCGGCGGAUGCUGGCAAUGCGGCGGCGGCGGCGAUGUCCUCUGGCGGGACAGCGUCAGCUGAUCAGACCCGACACGUGUGGGACAGCGGCGGCAGUCACGCGACGAUCGCGCAUUCCGCCGAGGCCGCGCGUGCCUCUCGCAAGAACUCGGCGCAACUGGACUCCUGCAGCUCGUCGUCGGACGUCAGUCUCGCCAUCGCGGAGGUGUCCGAACGGCUGCGGAAGUCGUGCAGUUUGCAGCAUAGCGGUAGCAUAGGUGCGCCGACUUCCGGCAUGAUGACGCGGAACUACUCGACCUGCUCCGCGAGCGGCCGCAUCAGACUGUCCGAAACGAGUCGCGCGUCCGUCUCGUCUUGCAAUUAUCCGUCGCCCCAGCAAUCAUUCGAGUACUCUCACGUGGUCGAGAAGGUGGAAGAGAAGUCGUCCUUGGAGAUGAUCGUGCCCGAGGAGGAGACGCUCGCGGAACCUGUCGUCGCGAAGGAGAGCCAAUCGAGUAGCAGUCCCAGAACAACUGCGAAGGCGCCCCUGAUCAGCAUCAGCGCGAUCGUGGGCGAUCUGCCGAGCGACAACUCCACGAUAGAGAACGCCGACGAGGACGCGAGCGAGAGCUGCACGGCGAAGGACGCGGGGGAGAUCGUCGCCGAAGAAAGAAGCGCCCGCGAAGACUCGCGAGCCGACACCGGGGCGGAUGUGUCGCCGGUGGCCGAGGAAUCGGCGACGACUGAGGAGCCGCCGGAGGAUGCGCAGGUCGUGCCUGUCUGGGAGCCGGACACCCGACAGGAAGAAGAAGACCGAUCGGCGGCUCAGGCGGUGCCUCAGGAGAAGCGUGACAAUAAUGUUAACGAAGUAUGCCCGUGGGAGGACGAGGAGAACUGUAGAGUGGAUGCACCCUAUGUAAAAACCUAUGCGACUUUAGGUUACUUGUAAUUUGUCGUUGAUAUUAAAUCUUGCAUUUUGCAUUUCAACAUUCUCACGAGAUUCAAUUUCCACUUUUAAUCCACUUUACUGAGUGCUCGCGUGUUCAGACCGUCGACACCGCGGGGAAGCUUCGACGAUCAUUGCCGUUUGUCCGAGUAGCGCGACGGGGCGUCUUUCGGGAGAGGGGGGUUACGAAAACGUAAAAGGGUGUUUCUGACAGGACGAGCGCGCGCUGGCGAAACGCGAGAACCCGAGCGGAACUCGCGCGCGGAUCCGCGUCCGAGAUCGCGCGACCGAGAAUUGGAGUGUAACGCGCGCGAGCAAUUUGUUCGAUAGCAUCGGCCGCGCGCGAGAAAACCGCGCGAUGGAGAACGCAGCUGAACCGCGCCCGUUCGCCCCCGAUCGAAUCGCGAAUGUUGCUUGUACGGCUUAACUAAUUCGUUCGCCCGAGGCCGCGCCGAGAAACCGCGACGGAUUUCGUCGAGAUCUCGGCUUACGACGUAGUGGAUCUCUCUCGUCUUUUCCGACGCGUUUAGCGCGUGCGGAGCUACUCGAUCUCCAUUAAUCUCGCGAUGCCGCUCCUGGUAGUGUGCGCGAGCCUUGUUUGAAAGAGGAAACUGGGGGAAAAACGUUUGCGACGCGGAGACUGUUUUGUGGGGAGGGGGGAGAAAAAGAAGAAAACGUAAAAACGCCGAGAAAGAACAGACAAGGUAGCCCCCCCCCCCCCUCCCAAUGUUGUUUGUAGACUAACGUAGAACUAGAAGCUUUAGACACCGUAUGUCGUGUACGUACAAGUAGCGAAUUACAAGUAGGAUCGUGUGUGUCUCUUUCUCUUUCUGUGUUGAUUAAGUAAGUGUUCGACUCGGCAACGAGCAGCGUCGAUAAUUGCAAAUUCGAGCGUGCGGACUGGGAACUUCAUUGUGCUCGGUUCGAUCUGGUAUUUCGCGCAAACGCGCGCUCGUAGGGGCGCCAGCCAAACCUGAGCCCUUUGGCCGCUCUCCAUGGUCGCGCUUUUCC